AAUAAUCAACCGAUUAUUUUAGAAAAUGGAGGUAUUGAAGUUAUAUUUCAAUGUCAAUUAAAUUUAUGUGAAAUAUAUCAUCUAUGUUUUAUUGGUGAAAUUGGUCUCAAACUUCCAGCAACUAAUAUUCAAUGUCAUCCAAUUCAAGUCAUCGGUUCUAAAAAUGAAUGUAUCAAAGCUGCUAAUGAAUAUAAUUAUAGUCAACCACAUAAUCGUCAUUUUAAUAUAACCAAACCAAUUGAAUUGAAAUCAUCUGUAGAAUCACAAUCUCGAAAAUGGCUUUCAAUUUUUCUUGCUCAUCUUGCUUUUCUUUUCGUUGGUAUUAUUGCAUAUUGUAGUUGUAAACAAAUGUUAUUAUUAUUUUAUAAUCGUUCAUUUCGUAAGCGCUCGAGUAGAAAACGAAGUCGAACAAUGAGUGAAUCCUCACCAGUUGUUAUACGACAUAGCAUAAAAUCAACGGAACCAUUAUUACAUAAACAUGAAAAUAUUCCAUCAAAAAAAGAAAAAUAUCGAACACAACAUUUACGAUUAGGAUCAGUUGAUCAUCCAAAUAAACAAAUUUAA